AUGGCGACCAGACCGAAGUACAAACCACCUAAAAAGUACACAUUAACAAUUUUGGGAACGAUAGUGCCGAGUGGUAGGGCUUUAGCUCUGCUUCUGAAACAGAUUUCCGGUUUAAAGGAAAUCAGAUUAUAUGGAACCUCGGAUUACGUUUGCGAUACGGCAAUUGAUUUAAGCAGCAUAGAUACAAAUACGAAAAUUAAGGCUUACAAGGGGGAUUCGAGAUUAUUGAGGGAAUCAAUUAUAGGCAGCGAUAUCAUCGUAAUAUGUGGAGGCGAACCGUCAAAAUUAACGGAAAAUCAAAGGACUUUAUUCUACAAAAACUUUGAUGCCGUUCGCCACUUCGCCCUGCAUAUAAUCGAAUACAAUCCGAAAGCGAUUGUGCUCAUAUCUACGCCGCCGGUGAAUUCAUUUGUUCCGAUGAUUGUUGAGGAAUAUAAGAAGGCUGGUGUUUGCGAUCCAAGAAGGAUCAUCGGUUUAUCAAAUGUGGCUUCGAUAUGCGCCAAUUCUGAAAUUGCAGAUAUCCUGGAAAGCGAUCCAACAAUAAUCCUGUGUCCAACAAUAGGUGGUUUGAGCAAGAAGACCACGGUAGUCGUCUCAUCUGAAGCUAUACCCAUAGCAAUACUCGAUAAUGUGCGUCAUCUUGGUUUGAUUGCUGUAUAUAUGAAUACAUGUUUAUUAAUGUUUCAGGUCGAUGCAAUACAAGUGCAAAAGAAUGUGGCAAAUUAUGAACACGAUGUAUUAGAAGCUAAUUACAUGGAGAAUUCAGGUUCUUGUUAUUUGCUGCCAGCAUUCUCAACGACUCGUUUCGUAACGAGUCUAAUUAGUGCCAUGAAUGGAGACAAUAAUUGCCUGGAAUGCGCUUACGUAAGGCAAUUGGGGCAUAUCGAGGACUUCCUUCCGUAUUUGGCGUCUUUGGUUAGGCUGGGACCAGAAGGUGUCCACUCCGCUUACAUGCCCAGGCUCGGUGAAAACGAAUGCCUCGCUUUGAAACGCACCUAUCCGUAUUUAAAGGACGCAAUCAAUUUGGGAGUAGGCGCAGUCACUGGCGAGGUGUUUCGAAAGAACCGAAUGGUGCCAAAACCAUCGUCUUUCUGCGAAACCGUCCAACGUCCCGUCGAAAUGGUGGGAGACGUCGUCGUAGACUUGAGCAAGAAGUAUAGAAAUUUCAAAAUAUUCCAAUAGAUCAUCAUCAUAUGUGAUGCAGUGUGAUUUUAUUGUACCCCGAAACAAAAACACAAAAAAGAAUACAAAUAUACCAUGGA